UUUCUAUAAACAAGAGCCAAUGUUUUGAUGGUUCAGCUGACGAGCGUCGCGGCUCACAGUAGCGACAGCCGGGAGGGCUAUAACUUUUGUAGAUUAAGUGAUAUAAUAACAUAAAAAAUGCGGAAAUUAUGCAGAAGAGAACUUUUAAUUUUACUGGCCAUAACACUGAGUUGCAUAUCAGUUGUGGCAGUUGGGGAAGUUGGCGGUAACAAAGAUUCUACCAAAAGCAAUAAAGAAAAUCAAAAAAAUGCAAAAUUACCUCCAUGUGCAGCUUGCAGAGUUGUUACAGAUUCUUUUAAGAAAGGAAUGGAAUCAACUGCCCGAGGAAAGUUUGAAGGUGGUGACUCUGCAUGGGAAGAAGAAAAAAUGAAAUCAUACAAAAAGUCUGAAGUGCGAUUAAUUGAAAUACAAGAAAAACUGUGUAAAGAUGUUGAGAGAGGGCAGAAACAGUGUGAAGCUAAUGCAGAAGAACACGAACACCUGAUUGAAGACUGGUGGUUCCGUGAGCAGGAGAAUGAGCCAGAGUUACAUGCAUGGCUGUGCAUCAGUACUCUUCGAGUCUGUUGCCCACCAAACCACUUCGGGCCUCAGUGUUUACCAUGCAAAGGUGGCAUAGAGAACCCAUGUGGAGGUAAUGGAAAGUGUAAGGGUGCAGGAACUAGGAAGGGCAGUGGUGACUGUUCCUGUAAUCCAGGAUAUGGUGGAGAGAUGUGUGACUCUUGUACAUAUGGUUAUUAUCAGGCCUAUAAAGAUGACAGUAAGAUUCUUUGUGAAAAGUGCAACAAAGCUUGUAAUGGUCCAUGUAGUGGGCCUGGUCAGAAGUCCUGUGUAGCAUGUAAAGAGGGUUGGAUAAUGGACACAGAACAUGGCUGCUUAGAUAUAAAUGAAUGCCUAUUGGAUAAGACACCAUGCAAGAGAAAUCAGUUCUGUGUGAAUAAUGAAGGAUCCUACACAUGUUUAGAAUGUGAUAAGGCUUGUGAUGGAUGCACUGGAGAUGGACCAGACAUGUGUGAUAAAUGUGCUGAGGGUUAUAUCAAGGAGAAGGAUAUGUGUGUUGACAAUGGAGCGAAGGAACGAGACAAACAUAUGGCAUUUGCCCGCUAUGUCACAUAUGCAGGGCUCACAAUUGCCACUUGCAUCAUCCUCCAGAAGAAUACCUGCAUAGCUGCGAUUGUGGGUGUUAGUGUGGCUAUUUAUAUCAGCUUCUCAGAAUAUUACCUCAAGGAUACGUCUGCGCCUUCUCUUAUACCACAGUUACCAUUAUCAUCAAUGUUUCCAGGAGCAGAGAUGAGCGAAUAGUUUACCAUUUUGUAAUAGCUGUUUGAACGUUUAAAGUGGGAUUUAAUAUACAGUGGAAGAAAGCAAGAUACAAGAAAAUGUUUAAAUUAGCCCCUAAUAAACAAGCAAAUAAAGAGAAAGAAGAACAGUAAAACUAUAAGAGAUUUUAUACAGCUGGAUUAUUAGUUCUUGAACGUGGUAAAUAUACAAAAUAGAUAUGAUAAACAACUUAGCAAGACCCAUCUAGAUUGAGGUGAUAUGCAAAUCGAGCGUCAUGAAGUAAAAUUGUAUACAGUCUCACUGUCUGAAAAUAUUUUGCUAUAUGAUACAUCAUGCUUUUUCAUGAAAUGAUUUCAACAGAUUGUUAUCUGUUGUUGGAAAGUGAAUGUGUGUGUGUGUGUGUGUGUGUGUGUGUGUGUGCGUGUGUGCGUGUGUGCGUGUGUGCGUGUGUGCGUGUGUGCAUGUGUGCGUGCGCACGUGCGCGCAAGAGAGAGUGAGUGAGUGUA